GAGGUUAUUUUCAGUUGUUUGUUAAAAAUAUAUGAAGUAAAUCAUUGAUAUUAAAAUAUAUAACAAUAGUAAGAGUUUAUUAUAUUUAUAUGGUAGUUUAUUAUUAAAUUUUUGACACAAUGAAGAGUUUGAGUAAAUAAUUAAAAGGUGGGAAAAAUGUCAAGUUUUAAAAGUAGAGAAUUUAAAGAAAAUAAAAAUAAAUUGUUGAGUAAAAGUAACGAGGAAAAUUUUAAUUGCUCAUUAAAUACUAGUGUAAUUGAUAAAUUUUCAUGUGAGGAAACUCCCAAGAGGGUCAAUAAUAAGAGAAAAAAUAUUGAUGACAGUUUUGAAAUUUAUGAUUCAGAUGAUUUUUGUUCACCGGAAAUUAAAAUUGAACCAGCAGUCAAAUUCGAAUUGAAUUCCAACAAAGAAAUUGUCAAGAACCGGCAGUCAAAUUCGAAUUGAAUUCCAACAAAGAAAUUGUCAAGGUUCCGUUAAAAAAUCCACUUUGAUUCUAUUUAUUAACCGGCAGUCAAAUUCGAAUUGAAUUCAAACAAAGAAAUUGUCAAGGUUCCAUUAAAAAAUCCACUUUGAUUCUAUUUAUUCAGUUGAGUGGAAAUUGAAUUAUAGAAAAAAAAAAUUGAUAGUUUUAGUAGAAAUUAAUAAUUAAUUAAAGAUGCCGCCAAAAAGACAAUCGACGUACGUGAGUUCGGAUGAUGACGUAUCAAAUUUGGGUAUACGAGAAACUAGAAGCCGGUGCAACAAAAGUUUAGUUACAAAAAGUCCAUCGAAGACUAUAAAGAUAGCGAACGAACCAGAGAAGCCCAGAGAAGGCGGCAUAAUAGUAAAAAUACGCAGGUCAACUGAGCAGAGUCAGUACAAAUGUGAGAUCGCGGAACGCAGAGCCUCGCUGAGGACCAGCAUCAGCACGCCGGUGAGGUACCGGGACGCGAGCUCGUCGCAGAGUCCGGUCUCCAAGAGCCCCAAGUACAAAACGAGAUCAGCCUGCGCGGUGGCUGACAGAAUGUCGGGAUUAAAAAUCUCGGAGGACAAAGAGAACGAGUCUGAUGAUCUAGACAGCAGUCUGGAGUUAUUUAAGCCAAAGAUGCAAAGAACUCAGCGCGCGAUGACUCCAAGUAAAAUCACUAAAUUGCUAGAGGAAGCGCCAGAGACUCCACGGCUCCGUGGGUUGAGGACUCCUGUGAAAAAAGCUGCAGCGACUCCCAAGAGAUUGAAGGAGAUCGUCGAGGAAGUGACACCCCGGCGUAAAUCAAAGGCCCCAGCGACUCCCAAGUCUGCAAAAGCUCCAGCGACUCCCAAAGGAACUCCGCGUAAUUUACGAUUCUUGACUCCGUCAAUGAAAUCGCGAACUGCCGGAGUAUCAAAACCCGUUACCGUUUUAGAAAAAGCUCGAGCGCAGUUGCACGUGUCCGCGGUUCCCAAAAGUUUGCCCUGCAGAGACCAGGAGUUCAAUGACAUCUUCAUGUUUCUGGAAAAGAAAAUAACCGACGGAAGUAGCGGGUGCAUGUACAUCAGUGGAGUCCCCGGUACCGGGAAGACCGCAACCGUGAAUGAAGUGAUCCGGUGUCUGCGUAAAUUAACUCACGAUGACCGACUGCCUCCAUUUAAGUGCGUGGAGAUAAACGGCAUGAAGCUCUCCGAACCCAGACAAGCUUACGUCCAGAUACUGAAGCAGCUGACCGGUAAAAGCACCACCUGGGAAGAGGCCCACAAGGCCCUGGACAAAAGGUUCACUGGAAAAAGAUCCAAGGGGGACAAAGACUCCAUCACCCUGCUGGUAAUCGACGAGCUGGACGUGCUCUGCAACAAAAGGCAGGAUGUCGUCUACAAUUUACUGAACUGGCCGUCCCAGCAAGCUGCCCAGUUGGUCGUCAUCACCAUCGCCAACACCAUGGAUCUGCCCGAGCGCGUGCUGAUGAGUCGCGUCACUUCCAGGUUGGGGUUGACAAGAUUGACCUUCCAGCCCUACAACUUCAAGCAGCUACACGAGAUCGUCAUCACCAGACUGAACGAGUCCGACGCCUUCAAGAGCGACGCGAUCCAACUGGUGGCCAGGAAAGUCGCCGCGGUUUCGGGGGACGCGAGACGCGCACUGGAUAUCUGCCGGCGCGCAACCGAAAUCGCGGAGAUGCAGGAGUCCAAGAUCGUGGGCAUUUCGCAUGUCAAUGAAGCUCUCACGGAAAUGAUUGCCAGUGUCAAAGUACGCGCUAUCAAACAUUGUUCGGAAAUGGAACGUGUUUUUCUUCAGGCUGUUUGCGCUGAAAUAACGCGCACUGGAGUUGAAGAAACAACUUUUAUUAAUGUUUAUAAACAACUUGAAGCUCUGUGUUCCUUUGAAGGUGUUGCGAGUCCUAAUAUUACCCAGGCACUGGGGAUCUGCAAUCGUCUGAGUGCGUUCCGAUUGAUCAUUUGCGAUGAGCCACGCUGCGAUAUCAUGCAGAGAUUGUUCCUUAAUGUCUCCAGUGAUGAUGUCCACUACGCGUUGCAGAAUGUUGACCUAUAGUUUUAUUUUUAUUAUUAUUUUUUUUCUUCUAAUUAAUUGUUAAUUUGCUAACUCGUUACUCUGCGACUCGCAUUGACAAUUGUUUAAAAUUGUAAUGAUAGUUUGUAGUUAUGACGUUAAUUUAUGACAUAAUUAUUUUUUUUAAAGUCAUUCAAUUAAUUUUUGUACGUAAAAGAAAACAUGACUGAUUUUUGUAAAAAGAAUAAAAUAAAUAUUUUUCAUUACUUGUAA